GUGCGGCCCGCUCUGAGAGGGCGGGAGCGGCGCGCCCCGCCCCGCUCAGUGACACAGGCUUCGUGUGGGGAGGUGCCGGCGGCGCGGGCAGCGGGACCGGGCGGGACUGACCGGGCGUCGUAGCGGCGGCGACUGGGAGCCGAGCCCGGAGCAUGGCAGGGGCUGGAGCCGCUGCGGAGGCUGCUGCUGGUUUCCCUUGUUCGCCGCCUUCUCCCGCCCGCCGGGAACUUUUCCUAGCGGCUGGUGGCGGUGCCUCCCCCCGGUGGUGGCAGCGGCGGCGGCGGCUGCUGCGUUCGGCGGUGCUUCCCGGGCCGGGGCUGGGGCUGCUGGGGCUGGUUUUCUCUCGAUUCUGCUGCAGUGCCUUAGCUGGACCAGUUGUUGAUCCACAUGUGACAGCAGUUUGGGGGAAGAAGGUUGCACUGAAAUGCAUAAUUGAUGUAAAUGAAACAAUCACACAAGUUUCCUGGGAGAAGAUAUAUGGGAAAAGUUCACAGACUAUAGCUGUUCAUCACCCUGAAUAUGGAAUAUCUGUUCAAGGAGAAUACCAAGGAAGAGUGGCAUUUAAAAACUACUCACUUACUGAUGCAACAAUCAUCUUAAAAAAUGUGAGCUUUUCUGAUGCAGGAGAGUAUGUUUGCAAGGCAGUUACAUUCCCACUUGGAAAUACACAGUCAACAACAACUGUAACAGUAUUAGUUGAACCUGUUGUGAGCUUAACGAAAGGACCAAACCCUCUAAUAGAUGGUGCAAAUAGAACAAUAGCAGCCACUUGUACAGCAGCCACUGGAAAACCUGCUGCUCAGAUUGACUGGGAAGGAGGCCUUGGUGAAAUGGAAUCCACCUCUACUCUGUUUCCGAAUGAAACAGUGACAGUUGUAAGCCACUAUGUGAUUGUCCCUACGCGGUUUGCAAGAGGAAGACACAUAACCUGUGUUGUGAGGCACCCUGCCUUUGAAAAGGAGAUACGAUACCCUUACGUGUUGGACAUACAGUAUGCCCCAGAAGUUUCAGUAACUGGCUAUGAUGGAAACUGGUUCAUUGGAAGAGGAAAUGUUCAGCUCAAAUGUAAUGCUGAUGCAAAUCCAUUACCUAUGGAAUUUAUGUGGACCAGGUUAGAUGGACAGUGGCCUGAAGGAUUGUUGGCUGUUAACAAUACUCUGCAGUUCAGCAGCCCCUUGACUUAUAACUACACUGGGACUUACGUCUGUAAGGUGACUAAUGCGCUUGGUCAGAGAAGUGAUCAGAAGACUAUCUACAUAUUAGAUCCUCCUACUACUACCACUCGACUGCCCACGGUUCCCUGGCAUCCUUCGACUGAUGGCACCACAGGUUUAGCAACAGAACCUAGAAUAAUAAAUUUCCCAACAUCAACCUUGCCAACAAAGCAGGACGACACUUGGGGUAUCGUCGUCGGUUGUGUGGUGGGUGGGGUUCUUUUACUGUUACUUCUUGGUGCUCUGGUUGGAGUUGUCGUCUAUAAGAGAAGAAAGACGUUCCGCGGUGACUACUUUGCUAAGAGCUACAUUCCACCAUCAGAUAUGCAGAAAGAGUCCCAAAUAGAUGUUCUUCAGUCAGAUGAUAUGAGUUCUUACCCUGGCAGUAUAAAAAAAGAAACAAAGCACCCAAUGAACUUAAUAUCUAAAGAUUAUUUAGAAGACUCUGGAAAACCUGAAUUGAACAAUGUAGACAAUACUAACAGGUACCAGGACCGUUAUGAAAGACCAAUGGAUUACCAUGAAGGUGGAACAUUUGGAAUGGGUUUUCUGCAUGAUGAGUAUUAUGAGGAUGAUGACUUUGUUUCUCACUUAGAUGGUGCGGUAAUAUCUCGGAGGGAGUGGUAUGUGUAGUAACCACUGAAAACUAAAUGUGUACCUGCAGUUCACUUCAUUGGGUGGUCACUUUCAGAUUGUUUAUACUUACACAAGAGGAGGAAUAAACUUUUUGAAACUUUUUUUUGGAAAGUUUUUAUAUUGUGACUUGACACAAUGGAAAUACUGAAUCUGGGGAAAAUGUAUUUGAGCUGCUUUUUUUCCCAAUGCUGUACUACUGUUUAAGAUUUGAGUUUUAAUGCAGAGUGCUUAUAUUGGUCUAUGUCAGAGUUAAAAAAAAAAAGGCUAAAUUGAAGUUGCCAUUCAAUAUUGUUUAAGAAUAAAAAGUGGCUGUCUUGGCUCUCUGAUUUAAAAAUAAGUUUACCCAAGGCAAUGAUCAAAUAUUAUCUUUGGGGACUUUGAAUUACUCCAGCCUAGGUACCAUCCAUGGUAAACUUAAUGCUUCUAUAUAGCAAAUACUUUACCAAUUAAAAUGAGUUACAGCAGAAUUAAAGCUUUAUUUUCUAGGGUUUUUUCUGCAUAAAAAUGAAUACCUCUUAGCAUUUUAAUGAGCCUUCUUGUAACUAUAUACUUAGAAGUUAAGUCAUUGCACUGAAACUAACUUAUGAACAACAUUUUGAGGAGUAAUUGUAAACAGGUCAGAGGCUUGUAUUUGAAUAAGAUGAAAAGUUAUUUUUUUAUAGUCAUUGAUUUCUAAAGCUUAUUCUAGUGUCUGUAUAUAUACAUACAGUAAGGUGUUUUGUUAGGCCUGUAAUUGGCAGGAUGUCAAAACUCAUUAAUGCAUACAAGAUGCUCUUUGCAGGUUCACAGGGUGCAAUUUUUGAGACCUGUUCUGGAGGCUUUGUGGGAAUCUUACCAUUGAAUUUAAAAGCUGGUUAAUUGGACAGAACUAAGGAGAAAACACCCAUAUAGAUUACGAAGCUGGAGGCUAAUGUGAAUGUGCUUAUUUUCCCAGGUGCCAAAAAGCAUUAGAGUUUCUAUGACCAGAAGUUAAAACAGCGGUUUUACGCUGCUUCCAACUAAGUUACAAUGCCUGCUUUGAAGAGAGUAACCAGAGUUUCAGAUUAUUAGUAGGGAAGUGGACACUUGCACUGCUACUUCAGGUAUUGAAAACUCACUCUUCAGUGGUGCAACUGAAGAGUUACGAAACAGGAAUUCAGGUGAUUGCGCAGUCUCUGUACCGCAGUGGAUUUGUUUUCCCUGCAAAUAAUCCAUACUGAUUUUACAUGUUCUUAAAAAUGACAUCGUAUCCAUUAUAGGUAGGAAAUCUUGUCUGACACGUGAAACAGUUCUACGUUCUCUUGAGCAGAUUCACCAAAUUAAAUCUGCUGAUUAUUGAGGAAGAAUGAAAUAACUUUAGAUGAAUUGCAGAAAAACAAUAAAUAAAUUUGUAAGUAGAAUAGUAAAUCUUUUGAAGUGCCAUUUUUAAGUGUUAGCUUGAGGAAAUUGGAGCUGAUAAGGCUAUUAGUAUUUGAAACCUGAAAAGGGAGAAGUCUCUGCUACCGUUGACGUGAAAUUGAAAUAGGCUGCAUAACUACAGCUGCUUCAUGAGCAUUGAUGCUGGAAAUUCUUUUCUAUCCUCAUGAUGUUUGGUAGCUUACAGCAUUUAGCUUACAGCUUCACAAAAAUAGUUGUAUUGAGCGUUGUAGACAAUACACUGUGAUUGCAUAUGACUGCAUGUCUUUAAAAAAGAUUAAGACAACAGCUUUAUUUGAAAUUCAAAUGGAAACGCAUCCCUAAACAACCUAAGUUUGGGUUUGGAUUAAUGGAGUACUGAUAGAUGAUUGACCAAAGUCUCAAAAACAAUAGCAAGUGAUCUUGUGGUUAUCUGUAGUUUGAGUGCAAAUACAAGAAAAGAAGUAAAAUUUCUAGCUGAGGGUUCAGAUCCAAAUUAUCUCUGGAAUAAAGAGACUAUACCUCUCUUCAAAUAAAAACUUGAUAUAUCAUCUUUAAAAGAUGGUGUUACUUGGAAAUAAACAUAACCAUAAACCAGUUUUCCACAUGAGAUAUCUUGCUUUUGUCUCUGUGGAUUUUUUGCUUUGAUUUUUAAAAUAUAUCUAUAUAUUUAAAUUCCUAUGAGUUGAGAAGUUGAAAUGUUCUGGAGUUGAAGUUAUUAAUAGGGAUAGGGCUUACGCGUGUUGCAAUGUUUUGUACAUUAUGUCUACUGUAAAAAGAUUUGAUUGUACGUACAAAUGGCUGUUGUGUGAAUAAACUUUUUCUUACAUUCUGGAACAUAGGUAGUGUUCAAAAAUGUUUCACAGGUAUGUUCUUAAAAAUUGAAGAUGGAAAAGCACAAUAAACCCAGAGGCUGGAUAGAAUGAACUAAAGUGUUUAAGCUGUUUUAGAUGGGCUGUUUAGUAUUUCCCCUUGGAGAUCCCAAGCUUAUAAAACAAGUGUUCAGAAACUCUUUUAAGAUAAAGAGAAUGAUAAAUGGAGGUGUUUGCUGUCCAAAACAUUUCCUUUCAAGCACAGCUGAUUAACUAGGAAUUGCAUACUCUAAAAUAGUCUUGUUUUUUCAUUCUGUUGUCUUUGUUUGCUUUAACCGUAUUUCUUGGAGUUAAUUAAUUCCCAUCCAUUUCUGACCAUCUGGUUAAAAUGCUUUGUAGGUGCCACCAUACAUCUUAGAUGCUCUCUGGCUUGUUCAGCUUGGCAUGGUGGUCUAGGUUUAUGAUCAUUUCACUGGUUAGACUGAUAUUUUGCCAAAGCAAUUAAAAAAAGCAAAGUGUGCCUUGUGGUAAUUGCACUUAAAUUCCUGUGUGUCACUCUGCUUGGAUAUUACUAUUUUUCCUGGUAUUCAGAAGCAAAUGGGUGUUUAUUGUCAUCUCACCCAAAAUGACACUCAAUGGGUGGACUUUGAAGGUAUGAUACUUUAUGAUGUUUUAACAUCAUAGCAGAAUUUACUAGAAGAAAAGGCACCUAACAUGAUGUUAGGAUGAAACAAUCAAGAAACUCUUCUGAAGUAAUCACAAGACCAAAACAUCUUCAAGAAUUCAGGACCUAAGAAUGUAUAUUAGUUAGUGGAGACUUUAUCACUUAAAGAAGAAGGCAUCCAGUGUAAACUGAACUCAGGCACUUAAAAUGCAGUGGUUAGGUGACCCUGCCACUGAUUCAUGUGCCCAUUCUUCAGGAAAAAAUUAUGAAUUAUGCUUGUGUCAUAGUUUAAGGCCAGCUUGCAGCUAAGCAGCACACAACUGCUUGCUUCCCUCACCUCUCUCUCCUCCCCACCUCGGUGGAAUGGGGAGGACAAUCAAAAGUAAAACUUGUAGGUUGAGAUAGGGGCAGUUUGAAAAUUGAAAACAAAGCAAAAUAUAAUAAUAAUGGAUAAUGAAAGGAGGGAGAAACAAGCAAGUGAUGCACAAUACUUCCUUCUGUGUAAUUUUGGUUUAUAUACUUGGCGUGGUGUUCUCUGGUGCGGUCAGUUCAGAUCACCUAUCCCAACCCUGCUCCCUCCCAGCUUUCUUUUGUGCAGCUUCUCACAGAUGGAGCGUGAAACACACACAAAAUAAAAGUCCUUGACUUAGGAUAAACACAACUUAGCAAAAACCAAAACGUGGGUGGGUUAUCAGCAUUAUUCUCAAGCUGUAUCCAAACCACUGUACCAGCUCCUGAGAAGAAAUUAACUCUAUCCUAGCCAAAACCAGGGCAGUUUAUAGUAUCUGAUGGACACAUAGGAAAGCCUUUAUGUAAACCAAAGGUGGUACAUUACGUUCAUCUUGAGGAGCAAAGUAACUUCUGUGAGUUGUUACUCUAGGACUUUAUUCCUUAACAUUAAGGACAUCACAAAAUUAUUUCUUUUUUUUUUUUCAAUUUACUUAAAAAUACUGUGUGAGUGUGAUCCCAGGGGAAUAUUCAUGUCAGAUCUUUGAUAAACAGUGAGGGGACAGGAAUUGCAUUAUUAGAGUGCAAGUCAAGUGUUGUAUUUUGUUGUUUGUUUGUUUUUUAAUUGGGGGAUUUUUCUCAGCUUCCCAGCCUACAGACAGAACAAAAUUAGUAAUCUGAGGAACUGAUAAAUCAUAUUGCAUAGUUUCAGGGGUUUUAUCUGUGAAUAGAACAUACAGCUGAAGGAGGCUCUCAAAAUUUCCUUUGGUAAGAGAUUAAAUAGAGAAUGGUUGUGUUGCAUUUGGAUAAUAGCUGAAGUAGACCAUUUUAGAAAUACAUUACAGGUAUAGAACUGUGCUAAUUUUCAGUUUCCGGGCUGUUAAAUUUUCUGAUUCAGUAAUCAGUGUAAAUCAGCCUUAUUUAAUGUAUGCUGCCUAAAUUUUGUAGAUAAGUUUUUGGUGCAGCUGACAUGAAUUAUUCUAAUUGUAAAAUUUUUUGGUGCAAGUUUGAAGCACUGAUGAUUUAAAGUAUGUUAGCAGCUUUUUCAUUUUUGAGAUUUAAAAACUGAUUUCUAAGCAUAGUGAAAGGAGUGGCCUUUAAAGACUGAAAAGUAUGUUAAUUCAGUAUGAGAGUCAUUCAGCAUUAAAUUUGACAAUGCUAAAGUUGAAAGAAAAAUGCUUUAAAAGAAAAAAAACAUGGCUUUUUCUCUCCCUUUAUUAAAAUUUAUUUAUGAAAAUUGCUUUCUUGUAGCUCGAAGUGUGAAGUCCUAAAGAUGAUAGGUGGACUUAGGGUUUGCUUUGAUAAGUGUAACCUAGUAUUUCGUGUUUGUUCAUGUGUUCUUUGCUCCUAGUAGUAUAUGAGGUUUUUCUUACUCUGCUUUUAAGUUUUUCUUUUUUGCUUUCUGCAGAUUUGAGUGUCUUUAAAGAAAGAUUGUCAAUAAACCAUAGUUGCCCAGGUUUUUGAAUUAAAAUCUUGUUAGCUCAUGUAAGUGCAAACCAUAUGUUUUGUAAUGUCAUCUUACUUUGAAAUUGAGAAUGAAAGCAUGCUGCUUGUACUUAUUAAAAGUAGUCCAUGAAA